AUGCGAACCGUCAUCUUCCCACCACCCGACCUCCGCUUCCCCGCCACCCCAUCUCCCCUGCUCGCCGACCGAUCUCCCGUGCAACCCGCCCGAGUUCCCGUUCCCGCGGCCCGAUCUCCCAUUUCUGCCGCCCAAUAUCCCCUUCUCGCCUCCUCUUGCCUCCCCGCGCGUGCUCCUCUCGCCUCUCAGCGCGUGCUCCUCUUCCCUCCCAGCGCGUGCUCCUCUCCCCUCCGCGUGCGUGCUCCUCUCCCCUCCGCGUGCGUGCUCCUCUCCCCUCCGCGUUCGUGCUCCUCUCCCCUCCGCGUGCGUGCUCCUCUCCCCUCCGCGUGCGUGCUCCUCUCGUCUCCCCGCGCGUGCUCCUCUCCCCUCCCCGUGCGUGCUCCUCUCGUCUCUCCGCGCGUGCUCCUCUCCCCUCCCCGUGCGUGCUCCUCUCGCCUCCUCGCGCGGCAUCCCCCCUGCACGCCCUCAUUUCCCCCCCUGCACGCCCUCAUUUCCCCCCCUGCACACCCUCAUUUCCCCCCCUGCACGCCCUCAUUUCCCCCCCUGCAGGCUCUCAUUACCCCCCUUUUAUGCACCCGUUUCCCCUCUGCUCACUCUCUUUCACCCCUCACUCACGCGUUUUCCCCUCUGCUCACUCUCUUUCCCCCACACUCACCAUUUCUCCCCUCUGCCCACUCUGUUUCCCCCGACAUUCACCUUCUUACCGAAUUCUCACUUUUCAUUCACCCCUUUUUCCAAUCCCGCUUCCCCUUUUCCAUCUCUCCUUCAUGCCUCCCACCACCUCUCCCUGCCUUCCUUGCUUCUCUCCUUAUCUCCUUCAUGCCUCCCACCAUCUCGUUUUCCUUCUCAUCUUUUGUGGGCCACAUCACAAGGCCCGUCUGCCCUCUCACACUCUUCCUGCCAUUCUCACUCUCACAAUCCUCACUGCCGUCCCUUCCUUCCUGUAACCAAUCUCCCCUCCCCCCUUUUCCCUUCCUUCCCUCCACUUCCUCCCCUUCCCUUCCUUCUCUCCCCAUCAUUCCCUCCCCUUCCUCCCCUCCCCUUCAUCCCCAUCCCUGCCCUUUCCUCCCUGCCCUUCCCUUCUCGACCCCGCCCUUCUAUGUCACUCCUCGCCUUCUGCCCUCCAGUUCAUGUGCAUGUGCUGCCAUCACUUUUGCCCCAUACAUGCAUCUUAUUAACUCAUGUUUACUCGCUUGUAUUCCCUUUUCACCCUCCGUCCCUUCAAAUCUCCCCUCACUUACUACCCAUCUCCCUGCCUUUCCAUCACACCUCCCUGCCUUCUCAUGGAUUUGA